AUGAUUCGAGACUUGCUGGCUCUUGUCAUAGCAGUGGACAGAACUUUUGCCACGUACCUCCCAGUAACUUUUUACAAAUAUCGAAAAGUUAUUCCUACAUUCGCUAUCAUAACUCUGGUACUCUCGAAUUUCUUUCCCGACAUCUAUGUGUUAUAUAUCUACUGUGAGAAUGGAAUCGAUCUCCCACCCGGAUGUGUAACUAUGCUAUGUGCUCCUUCAGUGUGCUACAUCUCCUAUUGGUUGAACUAUGAAUCGGCCAAUCGACUUGUUCUAAUCGACGCAUUCAUCCUCAUCCUUUUCAACUUGACACCUACAAUAAUUUUGUCACUUUUCCGUGAUUCUGCCGAAUAUUUGGGACCAUUGAAUGCGUUUUUCAAAACGUUUGGAUUUGUUGUGGAGUCUUCCAAAGCAAUCAAAAAAGCGCCAGAUCUUUAUUUAUUUUAUUGCAAAUUUGGAUUGGAUCUACUCAUCAGUAUUGUCAGUUUCUUAAAGCUGACAACUUAUGCAGUAGCUAUGACAAGUCUUGUUAAUUUUCUUAUGGUUAAUCAUUGGCUCACAUUUCUUGUAAUUUGGCCAAUCAGUUUUCUUAGCUCUCUUCGCGCCAUCCUUGUGUUCUUCAUCGCUCUGGAUAGGACUUGUGCCACGUACGUCCCGAUUCUUUUCUUCAAAUAUCGGAAACUCAUCCCACUUUACCUGAUCAUUGGAAUUGUCUUAUCCUAUUCUUUGGUCGACAGUUCCGUUGCAUUCAUAUUCUGUCGAAUCGACUUGAACACCCCAACCGACUGUGUCAACGGAUUAUGUGUACUCGGUGCUUGCUAUCAGAAUUAUUGGUUGGAGUUUCAACAGGUUUUCUAUGCAUUGAUUAUUGCCCUUACUUUGAUGUUAUGCUUAAAAUUAUUCGUAUGGAAUAAGUUGAAGAAACAGAAUAUCAAUCAAGAUUUAAGACGGGCAAAUCGUCUUGCCUUGAUUGAUUCCGCCAUACUUAUCGUUUUCGACUGGCUCCCACCGAUCGCUCACACUGUGUUCCCCGAUUUUUUCGACUAUGUGGGAGCCAUAAAUACAGUAUCCCAGACGUUUGGAUUCAUGGUUGAAGCAUAUCUAGUUACUAUAAAUUUGCGUAAGAAAUACCGAAUUACUAAUACAACAACUUCUGGAAAGUUUAUGAACCGAUCAACAUUGGGAGAUACGAGUGACUACAACUAA